AUGGGUCGCGAACUCCAAAAGAGAAAGCGCCGCUCCGGCCGCGCCCCCGUCCGCCAAUCCAACACCACAAAGAAGAUUCUCAAUCCUCGUGGCAACUCCGUCAUUGCUAAGAACUGGGACAAGAAAGAAACAUUAGCACAAAACUACCGCCGCCUAGGCCUCCUCGCCCGCUUAAAAACACCCACCGGCGGCACCGAAAAGCUCCUCAAAAAAUCAUCCUCAAAAGACCAAGUCGCAACCGCCGCUGCCGCUGCUAAAUCAGACCCCUUUGCCAUCUCAUCCAUUACCGAACUGGGCGCCCUCUCCGAAGCAAAAGUCGAGCGCGACUCCGAGGGCAACAUUGUCCGCGUAAUCAGCCGCAAAGCCAACCCGCUAAACGACCCGCUCAACGAGGUUGAUACAGACUCCGAGGCUGAAGACGAGUACGCCAAUGCCGAAGAAUGGGGCGGCAUCAAUGACGACGGAGUUGGCACGACGGAUGUGGUCAAGUCGCUCAUCGAAGAGGCCAAGAACCCGGCCGCGCCCAAGAUCAGAUACCAGAGCGAAGGCGAGAGGGAGUGGCUGGAGAAGCUGGUGGCCAAGCAUGGGGACGACACGAGGGCGAUGGCGAGGGAUCCAAAACUCAACCCGAUGCAGCAGACGGCGUCUGAUAUUGCGAAGCGACUUAAGAAGCUCAAGGCUUGAGCGUGGGGAGAAAAUGGUGCGAGUGACUAAUUACAUGCAUGUGGUUUCCUCUUCUUUAUAGUGCAAAUUGGGGUCAUAGAGACGGCUGCAUUUUUAAAAUCACGGCGUUUAGGAGGGCAAACUGUUUGAAUAUCAAAGACGCAAGCACAGCUUUUAUCAGUGUCGAGAUAGAAUCGCAUUGCUAUGGUCUUAAUCUAUCUUCUUUAUUCUUGUUUAAAUAAGGAAUGAAUCAGGAGCAGUGGAAAAGAAAUAGAAAAAUCCAUCAAGCCGCAUUCCGUGUGCUAAAAAGAGUCCGGCCAUUCUAUAUACACCUGGUAUCUCAUCAACGUUCAUCAUGUUGUUAGAUGCUCACACAAAGAAAUAAAAAAUCGGGAUGCCGUCAACGCCGUAGAUAUAAAUCUACCCAAGCAAACAUAAGCAUCCAGGCCACCAAGAGAUCCCCCCAAGGUUUAUGUUAUUUAAUUGUCCAAAUCAUUGAUAGUGCCCGCUACCAUCAUCAUAUCUUUGUCUUUGUGUGUGUGUGCUUGCAUCAUAUGCUUUCGCUCAAUCUCCCUUCCCCUUUCAAGUCUCUAUCCGGUCGUAGUGACCAGUGGGGAACUGCACCGGGCCAUCAGCAUAAGUGUCCGCAUGGUUGCCGCUGUAAGGGCCAGGCGACGGUGUCUUGUGGGCGCUAAUAUCAGUACCGAGAGCGCUUCCAUGGUAUUCAGUUUCACUGUCGAAAAGAGGGGUGCUGUUGGUUCGUGGCGGCAGAGCACCGUAGCGGCUUGGGUCGUCAAAGUCAUCGGGGUUGUAAGGGGUGUUGUCGCCGUAGCGGCUGUUCAUGCUUGUGGUGUGGUCGUCGUAAGAGCUCGGAGCAUCGUGGUCGUCCAUGUUGACUCGCUCGUAAGCCUCUUCAUCAUGGGGCGCCAUGGAGAAUGCAGCCUUAUCGGGAUCAAUGUUCUCGCUGCCGCUGAUUUUGCGACUAUCAUAGCCUGGUAAAGUGCCAUGGAAGUUGUAGUACUGCAGGGUGUAUGCACUAAGGAAUGUAGUGCCUAUCCAUAGAAGA